CCAAACAAGACAUAAGUUAUCUCCCAAACACACUGUUGAGCUUCAAGCUCCACUCCACUUCGAUCUUCGAUCUUCGAUCGUUCCAUUUCUCCCUCAAACUGGCUCCAAUAACCAUGAAUUUCUUCAAAUCCGUGUUCUCAGAAGAUCUAGAACCCUCGGAUCCUCCAAGACGGUCUGAAUCGCCGUUGGAUUCGCAGAACGAAGAGCUCGAUCAAGAUCAAGAAGCAGCGGAAGCACCAGAGACCCCUAACCCUAACCCUAACUCACCAUCUCGAGGAGCGUGGAGCUUCGGCGGUCUGAUCAAGACGAUAGCUUCGAGAUCCGAGUCCGUGAUCGAGGCCUACCGCCGAGAUCUCGGGGAGUUCAGCACUGGGCUCAAGAACGAGACGACCGUGUUCAAGGAGGUCGCCUCUCGCGCCGUCCGCGAUCUCCCCGGAUCUCUCGAGAUCGGCGCCUCGGUGGCUCAGGAAUCGCUCGAAUCCGUCGGCCAGGCGAUCGACGAUUUCGUCUCCCAGGGUAAAGAAGCUCUCGGGUCCGUUGAUUCCGAUUCGGGUUCGCAGGAUCCGAGCACGGCGGAGGCGAGCUCGAACUCGCAGAGUUUCAACAGUUCGAAGAGGUUCAGUAGGUUCGAGGUUCAGGUUCUCGCGAUCCAGAAUGAUGUGAAUACGUUCACUGAGGAGCCGGAGGAUGGUGAGGAUUUCGAGAAGUGGAGAUCUGGGUUCAGGUUGGAGGAGAAGGAGGAGGAUAUUGAGGGGUUGUUGUAUGAAAAUGGGACUUUGGAGGGGUUUUUUGAGAAAUUUGUGCCUGAGGUUUUGAAUGGAGAGAGUUUUUGGGCUCGGUAUUUUUAUAGGGUUUACAGGUUGAAGCAGGCGGAAGAUGCGAGGGCGAAACUGGUUAAAAGAGUGAUUGCAGGUGAGGAGGAGUUGAGCUGGGAGGUUGAUGAUUCUGAUGAAAGUGGAGAGGAAAUCAAGGAAGAAGGAGAAAACGUUUCGGAGGAAGAAGUUAUUGGGUCCUCAGCAAGCGAGGAAGAGAAGCCGAUAGAAGAAACAGCAAAGGAAGUAAGUGUUGGGACCUCAGAGAAACCUAUAAAUGAAGCAAAGAGGGAAAUUACUGAGACCUCAGAGAAAAAUGAAGGAGCAGUGAAGGAGGAAGUUGCUGAGACUUCGGAGGCUGUACAGGAAAGGAAACCUGCAGAGGCAUCUCAAGUUGAGAAUUUGAAGGCAGAGAAAGUUAAAUCCAGUGGUGACGAUGGUUCAACUUUGAAAAUAGAAGGUAAAAUGGCUUCAGAAUCAAAAUCUGAACCUAAAGAACCGGGCAAGGAUAGUGGUUUUUGUGUGGUCUCGAGCCAGACAGCAAUGCAAGAGGAGGAUGAUCUUGGCUGGGAUGAGAUUAACGAUCUCGGGGAACAUGAAGAUAAGGACAGGAUAGUGGAUGGAUCCAGCGGUAUUCCUAAAAAAUUGGACCUUCGGAAGAGGCUAAACGUCGCUGAGGACGAUGAGGAUUUGAGUUGGGAUAUUGAAGAUGAUGAUGAACCUGCCAAGCCUUGAUUGAGGGAUGGCGGGACACAUUCAUCAACCAGUUCCAGACACUCAUUCUAUCUAUACAACCUCAAUAAACAACUUUUGGGAACCCAACCAAAAAGAUUUGGGAGUACGAUUCUGACGAGACUGAUCCAGAGGAGAUUUUGGUUGAUCGUGAGAUGACAGAUUCCUCUGAUAUAGAGUCAGUAGAGAUCAUACCAGUAGAUUCUUCUGAGUCCGAUACUAAUCCCUUUGAUGAGGAUGAGUCAGUGGUAGAAGUUAUUCCCAUAGAGUCCUCACCCUCUGAAAUCAUUAUGAUUUCAUCCAAUCCCUCCGGUAAAGAGUCUUAUGUAGCCAAGAUUUCUAAUGAUGACCAAAGACUUGCCUUCUCUGAGGGUGAGUCGAAUAUCCUGGGUAUUGGUGCAGACCUUGAUCUUGAAGGAUGUAAGACUAGUGGUAUCGAUCCAUAACCAAUGUCUGACUUUGAUAGUAACUAGGACUCGGACGAGACCGAGCCAACCGAGGAGGGAGGAGUCUAGCUCUAGCAGCUCCUCUUCCUCAACGGAGUAGAAUUUAGCCCUGCAGCACAAUUUUGUAAGAACAGUGCAUGUGUUUUCUUAGUUACCCUUUCGAUGUAUGUAGAACUUUUGGUAGAAAAACAUGUAUAUAUUUAAACCCAUGUACUUGCAUAUGUGUAUGUACUGAAAAGUUAAAUAUCAAUAUUAUACUUUUGGCUUGUAUUA